AUGGAUUCAAAGCUGAAGUCAGUUCGUGCUGGACACAAAGGAGCCGUCACGAAGCUACUGGUGAAAUUCGACGAGUUAAAGUCAAAAACAGACACAGAAGUUGACGAAGUGAAAGCCCUUGAUGAUGCCGUCACGCAGAAACAGAAAACAUUAAUUGACCUGAAUAACAGACUUUUGGAACAGACAUCGGAGGAAAAUCUGGAGCAGGAAAUCACCGACUCAGAUGAGUAUAUGUACGAACUUGAUUGUAAAAUUAGACAAAUUCGGAAAUUUAUUAAGUCCUUUGAAACAAGUACUAUAAUUUCGCAUGAUAUUGUUGGUCCUUCAACGAGCAGACUUAACCCAGACGCAUAUAAUUUCACACCCGAAGCUAGAGUUGAUAUGAACACAUGUGCAAUAGAUUCUAUCAACCAACAGUAUUCAAUGCACGCCCCUGCAGUUCAUACCCGUCCGUCAGAGAAUGUCAUGUUUCAAGUCCCGUCAGAACCGAGAUCUUCAAAAUCUAAUUACCAUAGGCUUCCAAAGUUAGACUUACCCUAUUUUAAUGGAGAUAUUCUCAAGUGGCAGACAUUUUGGGAUUGUUUCGAGUCAUCCAUACACUUCAACGACACAUUAACUUCAAUCCAAAAGUUUAAUUAUCUGAAAGCCCAGCUAGAGGGAAGCGCCGCGCAAACAGUAGAGGGAUUCGCUUUGACAAAUAGUAACUACGAAACCGCAGUCAACCUUCUCAGAGAUCGGUUCGGACAACCUAGCAAACUGAUACAUGCUUACAUGAAAGCACUCAUGAAUUUACCCGCACCGACAAAUGAUGCUUUUAGUUUAAGGUCUUACGGAGACAGAUUAGAAUCAUACGUACGAGGAUUAGAGUCACUUGGUCAAACAUCAGAGAUGUAUGGUUCGCUUUUGGUACCUGUAGUUUUGGACAAGUUACCGAUUGACGUAAGAAAAUCUAUUGCAAGAGAACACGGGAGAGAUAAUUUGAUGUUGCAAAAUCUACGAAAAUCAAUAACUAAAGAGAUUGAAAUACUUGAGGCAGGACAGGGAGUCAUGGAACCGGACAGAUUGCACACCACAGCAUUUUUCACAGGUGCAAAACCAAGAUCACACAAUAAAGGUAAAUUAACUGACACACGGAAGAAGGUAAAUACGCAUACAUGUAUUUUUUGUUCAGGUCAGCACUAUCCAACGGAGUGCUCUGAAGUAACAGACGCAAACGCUAGAAAUCAAAUAGUAAAACAGAAACAACUAUGUUUUAACUGUUUAGGGUCACACCGGGUGGCCGCAUGUAAGUCUACAAAACGGUGUAAAAAUUGUAAUGGAAUGCAUCAUACAAGCAUAUGUAAAGGGAAAGAGGUCAUUACAGAUACGAAGCAGGAGCCGAAAAUACAGCAGACAGCUAUCAACGUGGUUGAAACAUCAGACACAACUAGUGUAUUGCAUGCAUCACAAGUAAGUCCCGACAUUCUCCUAAAAACAGCAACUGCACCAGUUAUAUAUAACGACGUAAAAACAGAAUGUAACAUCUUAUUUGACGAAGGAGCGCAACGUUCCUUUAUCACUCAGAAAUUAGCCGAUAAACUUGAAAUUAAAACAACGGGGAAAGUCAGCAUUCAACUGUCUGCGUUCGGAGAUUUAUCUCAGAAAGUUCGUAACUUGGAAACUGCAACAAUACAAUUACAGACCGACACGGGAGAAAAUGUGCGUAUAAACACACUCAUUGUGCCGGAAAUUGCCGUCCCGAUUCAUAACAGUAUUUCACAUACUACAAAGAGCUUGCCACAUUUGAGAGGACUUAAACUUGCACAUUCUGUACACAGUGGAGAGCGUUUUGAGAUCGACCUACUAAUAGGCGCGGAUUAUUACUGGGAAAUUAUUGAGGACAAAAUCAUAAGAGGAAAAGGACCCACCGCUGUACAGUCAAAGAUAGGAUAUCUGUUAUCAGGACCAACUAUUGGAAAUAUCAGCCAUCAUUCAAGAUCUACAGUUCUUUUAAACGUCAUUUCAUCCCAUCAAUUGGAGGAGACAGAGAUUGAAAAGUUUUGGACACUUGAGUCAAUAGGAAUCAAUACAUGUGAAAACAAGGAGAACACCAACUAUUUACAGACAUACCAGAACACAGCUAUUGAUUACGAGAAUGGAAAAUACACAGCAAAGUUGCCUUGGAAAGUUGACCACCCAGAUUUGCCUUCAAAUAUGGCCAUUGCUAAAGGUAGGACCGAGAAUAUAAUUAGACGUCUAAACCGGGAACCGCACUUGCUACAAAAAUACAGUGAAAUAAUCAAUGAACAAGAAAAGAGAGGAUUUAUAGAGAGGGUUCCAGAUACGGAAGAUGAUAACAACAAUCAUAUGAUUCACUACAUUCCUCACCAUCCUGUUAAAAAAGAUUCCGAGACUACCCCUAUUCGUAUAGUGUACGACUGUAGUUGUAAACCACAGCAAGAUUUAGCCAGCUUAAAUGAUUGCUUAAUGUCAACACCACCAAAUCUAAAUGACUUGACGAAAAUAUUAAUGCGAUUCAGAAUCGGAAAAUAUGGUAUCAGUACAGAUAUUGAAAAGGCAUUUUUACAGAUAGGACUUGACAAGAAGGAUCGUGACGCUACACGUUUCUUUUGGCUAGCUGACCCCGACGACCCACGUGGCAAUCUUACAACUUACAGGUUUAAAUCGAUAUUGUUUGGCGCAACAUGCUCACCAUUUAUUUUAAAUGCCACUCUACUUAAGCACUUGGACGAAAAUGAAAAUAGUAUAACACAAACGAUGAAAAGGGACUUAUAUGUAGACAAUAUUCUGUCAAGCGUUGAGACUUAUGACGAAGCCAUUGCAUAUUUUAAGGAUGCGAGAAAUGUCAUGUCAAAGGGAGGAUUCAAUUUGUGA